UCGUCUUAACCUAAAAUCUGUGACUGAAGCAGAAAAAGAAAAAAGAAAGUGAAUACAAGGAAUCGGAAAAAAUCGCAUUGGUACAUAUCAGACAAAUUUGUUCAAGAAAUGAGAAGUUAUUAAUAAAAUAGUGUCUAAAGAGAUUCCGUUUCCAUAGAAGUAGACAGUCCAAAAAUAUCAUAUCAAUUAAAACGUCCAGUGAAGCAGAAAAUAUCUAGAAAACACAUCUUGAAAAGAAAUGGAUUAGAACACCUUGGACGGUGAAGCAAUGUGAAGAGUGGAGUAAUUUCUAAGAAAAGCAAGAGUACACAACAAUAUUCUGUAACACUAUCUGCAAAACUAAUUUGUUGGAAAAAAUGUACUUAAAUUGAAUGACCGUGUUAUCGUUGCAAUAUAAGUGGGAUUUCAAACUUAAAAUGUUUCCACGAAUGUUGUAAUGUGUCGUGUUGGAGAAUUGCCAUGUCUGCAUGCACAAAACAAUGUCGAUUUCCGAUUUUUUUGUGUCCUGUUUGAUACCAAAUGGCUCAGCAAUAGCUAUUUGACAAGUGUUGUGGUAGAAUUCAUAAUUGUUUAAAGCGACCAAGGGUAUUUGUGUGGCUUGCUAUCGUGUGCCUAUACGAAUAAUGGGAGUUAUUUAAUUUUUGUUGAGAUUUCUCUGUUAUAAAUUUAUCUUGUUCAAAUUUGGUUAAUAUAAUUAAUUUUGUUAAUUGAGCGAAAUAAACAAAUUUGUACAUAAAUAUGUUAAAAGUCGCAAUCCACUUUAAGUAACAGCCAAAAUAUAAGUAAAUCCCGUCCACGCCCACGUCUUGUCAACCGCAAUGAUAAAUUCGAUAAAAGAAGGAGUUAAGGACAGCGAAAUAUCUGAAGAGAACAAGUUGAUGUAGACCGAAAGUUUUUCGGAACAAAUUCUUAUAAUGGAAAAAAGCUGGAUUACGACAUCACCAAAAAAAGAGCUUCAAUCAAUAACUAGCUGUGCUAAACUCUUUAGCGCACACAUCAUAAAGUAAAAUUCAAGUUAUGGUUGAUUAUCGAACACAAACGCUUUAAAGUUUGCGCUAAAUAUCACCGUAAUUUUGUUUUGAAUUUUGGGAUUUCCUUUUUUACGGCCUUGCCAGAUUGCCUUCCAAAAAAUUGCCGACCUAAAUUAUAGAACAUCUUCCAAGUCCUUUGUAUUUUAAAUAUAACGGACGUUCGUGAUUUGAAUAAGUGUACGUAUGCCCAUUAAAUUUGCAUCAUUAUAACAAAAAUAAAUAGCAAUUUACACAAAAUUUGAUCCAAGCAAAGUAUAUUUUGUUAACGCUUUAAGUGUAAAAAAAAAACAACAAAUUGCAUUAAUACAUUUUUAAAUAACGAAAAGUGGUUUGCUAGUCAAACUUGAAGAUUGCUUGAAGUAGAAGAUAGAAAGUGGCAUGAGCCAUCCAUCAGGAUUCCGGAAAUAUGAUGAUAAUGAGUGUAGUGGGCCUAGACCACCAGUACCCGGAGAAGAAAGCCGAGUUAAAAAGAUGACCGAAGGGGUGGCUGACAGCUCCCGAAAUUCGCCACCUUCAUAUUUGAAUUGGGCUCGAACACUUAAUCAUCUUCUAGAAGAUCGCGAUGGAGUGGAACUGUUUAAAAAAUAUGUUGAAGAAGAAGCACCUGGGUAUAAUGAUCAAUUAAAUUUUUAUUUUGCCUGUGAAGGACUUAAGCAACAAAACGAUCCUGAAAAAAUCAAACAAAUAAUAGGAGCGAUAUAUCGAUUCUUACGAAAAAGUCAGCUAUCAAUACCUGAAGACUUGCGUCGAACAAUAAAAGCGGGCCUUAAAAAUGAAGUCCCACUCAGUUCGGAUAUAUACGAUUCAAUGCAGCAAUGUGUGGAGACCACCAUACGUGACAACAUCUAUCCCAGCUUUCUAUGUUCGGAAAUGUAUAUUCUGUAUAUACAGCAAAUGUCAGUUUCACAUGAACGUUUUGGGAGUGGCACGGCUGGAUCCGGUAGCGGAAGUAGUAGUGGUGCUAGUUGCGGUAGUAGUGGAGCCGGCAUUGUGGCGUCGACCAGUGGAGCUUGUGCGUUGCUCUCAAGUUCCGGCAAGACCCCAUCCUCGUCGGUAGCGCCAUUUAUUAAUUUGCCCAUCAGCGCUUCGACGGCUAAUGUACUACUUGGAAGUGCUUGCAGUGCAAGUGGAAGCGUCUAUGGUCCUUCAACUUCAGCUAGCUCCAGUGGCUCUGUUAGUGCAACUGAUACUCUGCCGCGAAGCUCCACAUUGCCAACUCUACAUGAAGAUUCGGAAUUGUCACUUUGUGAUGAUCUUGAGAAGCUGCGUGUAGAAAGUAGCCGAACUUCAGCAGAUAUGCCGAUACGUCUUACCCACGAUCUACUUUUAGCAACUCAAAAGAGAAGACUGGAAAUACGGCCACCAGGGGCGCAUGGUUAUGUUUACCUUGCGAGUGCGAAUAAUACUUCUUAUGUUCCGAAUUCACGUGUGGAUUCGGAAAGGGCGAGCGUAAGUUCUGGUGGUCGAACUGAUUCCGAUACGAUGUCUCUUUCUAGUUGUUCUAUGGAUGGACGGCCUUAUAUUCAAAGAAGACAUAGUUCAAAUGAAAGCAAAGCGAUACGCCAGAGUGCAAUGGCCAACAAAGAGACGAAUUCGUUUCAAGUUAUACCUCGCACCCAACGUCUCCACUCGAAUGAACAUCGUCCUCUCAAAGAGGCUGAGCUGAUUGCAUUACUUAUUCCGAAACUGGAGGAAGUGAAGCGCAAGCAAGACAUAGAGGAUCGAGCUCGAUUCGAGCGUUUUACGGAUGAUUCAAUACCGACAAAUGAAAGGCUUGCCAACGAUCGCGCAUUUGCAGAAGCGAUCCGUGAAAAAUUUGCAUUGGAGGAGGAUAACGACCAAGAUAUACUUGAUCAGCAUGUAUCAAGGGUUUGGAAAGACCAAACUCCUCAUCGCUCACCUGGUACCAUGUCACCAUGCCCGCCCCUACCAACUCGAAGACGUACAAUAACGCACGAUUCAGGAAUGCUUAGUGACGGAGCAAUGAGUAUAGGGGGUCAUUCUAUGAAGCACUCCAAGUCGAUGCCUGACCACAGUUCCUCCUCUAGGAAGCUAACAAAUAAAUGGCCUUCCAUCAAUACAGAUAGCGGAAUCAGUCUGUUCUCAGCCGAUACUCUUAUGAAGUACAAAGACGCCAGCUCACGAUCUGGUACAAGUACGGCCUCGAAAUCAGAAGAGGCAAAAAGAAGACUGGAAGAUGAGACCAGAAGGUCUCGUCGCUACACUCAACAAUAUACUACGCAGAUAUCACAACAACCACCAUCAUUCAGUAGCAGUAGUAGUGGAAGUAGUAGUUUACAUCACCAACCACAACCACCACCGCUACCCGCAAAGCCACUGGAGACUACAACUGUCGUAUUCUCUUUCUGUGAUGAAGAAUAUCCUUACAGAUCUAAGAUUCCCGGUUUGCAACCCACCCUCAAGCAGUUCAAGGACUAUUUACCCAAAAAGGGCAAUUUCAGGUUCUUCUUCAAAACACAUUGCGAAGAUCCAGAAAGUCCAGUGAUACAGGAAGAGAUUGUAAAUGACAGUGAUAUUUUGCCGCUUUUUGAAGGCAAAGUGAUGGGCCUGGUGAAGCCAUCCGAUUAGGUCUAGGCUAAUAACUUAGCGAAAAACAAGGACAAGCAUAACGAGAUGAAAUAAUAACUGCAUCGAAAAGAAAAAGUAGCAGUAAUGAAUUAGUUUAUACAUAGGUUGGCGAAGCAAAAUGUUAAAUUUAAAAAUGUAUUUAGUGUAAGUGACAAUUGAAGAAUUAUACGAAAAACAAGUUUUGUAAAAAUAUUUUCAAAUUUUUAUAAAAGCAUAAAAUAUGUACAUAGAUAUUUUAAUUUAUGUAUUUUUUAAAACAACAAUUGGUAUUAUUUUGUUAUAUCCAAUUUUUCUAAUCAAUCAACGUAUUUGUUAAGUUGCAAAUUACUAUCGGAGUGCGCAACGUAAUGUUUAUAAAACAUCACGAACACAAAAUCAAACAAUUGUUAAUGGAAAUGUGCUUUUAUGGACUGCCUGCAAUAUAUUUUGCUUAAAUAUAAGGCGCUGCUUUUAUUGCAGCAACAAUAUCGUUCACGAUCACCGAAAAUCAAAAGUAUCUUUAUAGGCGUUUAUUUAUAGUGAAUUUUCUUCAUUAUUUUUAUAUGUAUAACCUAAACGUAAUAAGUAACGUAUUAUUUAAUGAUUGUAUUCUAAGUUUUCGCUAAGUAAUAUACGUAUUCAUACAUAUAUGAUGUAUUUGCACGCACUUUUUUACACGAAACAUUGCAUCGAUUGAGUUUUGCAUAGAAGGGACGCGAACCUACACUUGCACACACACACACUCACUUCCAAGAAUUGGCGAUUUCUACAUUUUGUGACGCUAAUGCAUACAACACCAACAGGUUAGCUUAAUGUGAACUCAAUUAAAUUAUUAAGUAUGAAUCGUUUAAAAUAAGCUACGUUCUCAUUCUUCAAUUAGUUCACGAUUGCUAGGAUAUUCAACUGACUUAUAAUCGAAAAUCAAAGAAUAACGAUAUUUUUUUAAGUAAUGGCCAAAAGAAAUGUCGAGUGUCAUCGAAAAUUUUGUUUAAAAAUGUAUAAACAAAGCUAAUUGAAAUAUAUUUAAGGGUUAAAUUAAGAAAAAUUUAUUUUGGCAGCAAACUUUCGAAAAUACAAAACAUAACAUGGAAGUGAUCGAUGAACAGCUGAACCACAACCAGUGUUCAUUUCCAUA